CUCUACUCGAAACGGUAAAUUAAAAAUUUCGCUGAACAAGUCAACUGCCAAACCACAAACCAAUUCCGGUCUUUUACUUUGGAGUCGGGGACUGGAGUGUUGGUGUUAAGCCGCACAAGAAGUUUUUUCGAAAAUGACUGAAACAUUGAAGCUAAGAGGAACUCUCUGUGGCCACAAUGGCUGGGUUACGCAAAUUGCGACCAACCCGAAAUACCCCGACAUGAUUUUAUCAUCAUCUCGAGACAAGACCCUCAUCGUAUGGAAACUGACCAGAGACGAAACAAACUACGGAGUCCCCCAGAAGCGUCUGUACGGUCACUCUCAUUUCAUCUCUGACGUCGUACUAUCCAGUGACGGCAACUACGCUCUGUCUGGUUCCUGGGACAAGACUCUGCGUUUGUGGGAUCUUGCUGCUGGAAAAACCACUAGACGUUUUGAAGACCAUACUAAGGAUGUCCUCUCCGUGGCCUUCUCAGUAGACAACCGUCAGAUCGUAUCUGGCUCCCGGGACAAGACCAUCAAGCUGUGGAACACCCUUGCUGAGUGCAAGUACACAAUUCAAGAUGAUGGCCACAGUGACUGGGUGUCCUGUGUGCGUUUCUCCCCCAACCAUGCUAACCCCAUCAUUGUCUCAGCUGGCUGGGACCGCACUGUUAAGGUCUGGCACCUUACCAACUGCAAGCUCAAGAUCAACCAUCUUGGCCACUCUGGUUACCUGAACACAGUGACCGUCUCCCCUGAUGGUUCCCUCUGUGCAUCUGGUGGCAAGGACAUGAAGGCCAUGCUCUGGGACUUGAACGACGGCAAGCACUUGCACACCCUGGACCACAAUGACAUCAUCACAUCAUUGUGCUUCUCACCCAACAGAUACUGGCUGUGUGCUGCAUUUGGACCUUCCAUCAAGAUCUGGGAUCUGGAAAGCAAGGAGAUGGUUGAGGAGCUCAGGCCUGAAAUCAUCAACCAGACUCAGACUUCCAAGUCUGACCCACCCCAGUGCUUGUCUCUGGCCUGGUCCACAGAUGGUCAGACCCUAUUUGCGGGCUAUUCUGACAACAUCAUCAGAGUCUGGCAGGUGUCAGUCUCAGCACGAUAAGGAGUUUCAGAAACUUAAUUUCAUUUAUUUUUGUGCUGUUUAUUACUUACGUAUCCUGACUGUGAGGAUAAAAAUAAAUGGAAUUGUUUGACUUAAACCAUAGCAGUUUCAUUGUGAUCUCCUUGUAAGAAUAGGUUUAAGGUUAUUUAAGUUUUUCUAGUUACUGUCAGUUCAAACGUAAGCUAGGUAAACAACUAAUGUUUAUGUAUGAAUGUGAAAUCUGUAUAUUUUAUGUAAAUAAAAAUCAAUGAUAAAAGAGAAACAUUUUUCUUUCAACAAAAGUAGGUAUUACAUAAAAUAUUCGAGAUGGGUAUGAUAAGAUAAUCUACGGUUGGUAACCUGAAUUAACAUUAUAAAUAAAGUUCACCAAUAUUUGAGUCAAACAGUACACAGUACAUUGUAUUAUUUUUAAAUAAAUUACCAAACCAGACCAUCACAAAGAAACAGCUUACUGGUACAUAUCAAUAAACUCCUAUAACUAAAAUAAUGUAUGAACACCAUUACCAAACUAAUUUACAUCAAUGUAUGAUUCUUCUAAAAAACAAACAGGAUAUUCUUUCAUAUGUUAAUUUAUGCCUCUGAACGUAAUAAAACGUAGGCUGCUAAUUUUAUUGGACAAUCUUAGGCAAUCCAGCAUCAUCUAAAAGAUGUGAGCCAUCUGUAAUUUCUGUAGGCCCUUCUCCAACUUUAGUAUGUAUCACAUAUUUUAUCAAAUCUUUUACUUGAGGCUGACAAAUGCUCUUUAAUUCUGAAUUUAAUGCAACUUCAUCUGUUUUCAACCCAGUAACAAAUUGAUGUGGAUUUGAGGAAGGGAAGACAUGUCUUAUCAAAGAAAGCACUUGUGGAACAUCUUUCUCAAGGAGGUACAAGCAAGCAUUUGGUCCAGCAUCAAAAGUGUAAGCAACUUUAGUGCUUCUAGAGAGCUCAUUGUACUUAUGUAUUAAAUCAACAAUUAGGUGAGAUACAUCUGUCAUGUACACAAAUGGUGGAUACGAGUCUAGGCACACAGCAUGAAACUGAUUGCUGUCCUUCAUGGUUAUCUCUGCAAAUUUCGGAAAAUCCUUCUCUUUAAUUGCCUGAAUAAUCUCAUCAGUUCUCUGUGGCACACAAUACUUAAUUCGAUGUUUUAAUAAUUCUGAAGUUUGGGUAGAGAUUCUCAUACCAGUAGUGGAGCUAGUUUUCUUUUUUGUAUCUCCUACAACUAGGAUUAAUGCUUGCAUUUCGGGCCAAUGUGCAGAGCCUUCGAUUUGUGAGGCUAUUGAAUCGGAACCAUCUGGAUUAGUACCUGCAUGCCAUCUAACGAAGCCUCCAUAUACACUGCGGCAUGCGCUGCCUGAUCCCAAUCUGGCUAUAGAGCUAACAUCAGACUUGACUUUGUAAAGUUUAGCCAAAGCUGUCACAAGACAUGCGUAUCCUGCUGCAGAAGAAGCUAAUCCUGCGGCAGUAGGAAAAUUAUUUUCAGAACAUACACGUACUUUCCACUGUAGAAAAUCUUCAUUGACACUGUUUUCUGCUGCAGCUCUGGAUUUUAUUUCCUUUAGGCAAUUUUGUAGUCGCGGACUGUGGAAUGAUUCCUUUUUUCCGUUCAACCAAAUCUCAUUUUCUUUAAAUUCUGGUCUUGCACAGACCGAUGUUUUCGCACACAUAAUACUUGUGUCCAAAGUAGCACUAACGGAAUCAUUUAACGGUAAAAUUAAAUCCUCGUCUCGUUUGCCCCAAUAUUUAAUAACAGCUAUGUUAACAGGUGCUUUUACUGUUACAAUAUCACUCAUUUUUCUCGUAAUCAAUUAAAUUAGUUACAGUUUAAUAGAGUAAAAUAGUCAACAGUUAUUUUAAUAAACAAAAUAUGCGUUACACUAAAGUAAAACCACUUGCUUGCUUUCACCGGCCCCAGCACCGGCUGUCGUCAGUCAACAAUUAAAAGUUGG